AUGGGUGCCCCAAAGCAGAAGUGGACACCGGAAGAAGAAGCAGCCCUUAAAGCUGGAGUGCUUAAGCAUGGGACUGGGAAGUGGCGUACGAUACUCUCAGAUCUUGAGUUUAGUUCAAUUCUAAAGUCUCGCUCAAAUGUUGAUCUCAAGGACAAGUGGAGAAAUAUAAGCGUCACAGCGUUAUGGGGUUCAAGGAAGAAGGCUAAACUUGCUCUUAAAAGGACUCCACCAGCUCUUAAACAGGAUGAUAACAACACUACAGCUCUUAGCAUUGUGCCUUUGGCCAAUGGCGAAGAACAGGCUAAUCCAACAUCGCCUGGAGGUUCUGGUGGUGGAUCUCCUCGAACUAUUGCUUCAAAGAGAUCAAUUACAAGUUUGGAUAAGAUCAUCUUGGAGGCGAUUACUAACUUGAAGGAACCACGCGGAUCUGACAGAACAUCUAUCUUUCUGUAUAUAGAGGAGAAUUUCAAGACUCCGCCGUAUAUGAAAAGGCAUGUGGCAGUAAGAUUAAAGCAUUUAUCAUCAAAUGGACCAUUAGUUAAGAUAAAGCACAAGUACAGGAUUCCUACUCAAUUUAUUAGCGUAGGAGCAAGACAGCUUCUUUUGGAAGGAAACAACAAAAAGGACACACCAAAACCCGAGGAGAACGGCGCCAACCUUCUCACCAAGUCUCGAGUAGACGGAGAGUUAGUUAAGAUAAAUGGCAUGACAGCGCAAGAAGCUUCAGAAGCUGCUGCAAUAGCAGUUGCAGAGGCGGAAUUUGCCAUUGCAGAAGCUGAAGAAGCAGCGAAAGAGGCAGAGAGAGCAGAAGCGGAAGCUGAAGCUGCUCAGAUAUUUGCAAAAGCAGCCAUGAAAGCUCUCAAGUUCAGGAUCCGUAAUCAUACUUGGUAA